AGAUUUCUAGGGUUUGGAGGAAGGAGAAGACGAAGACGAAGACGAAGCUCUGAGGUUUAUCCAUGGAGCCAAAUAAUGGAUUAACCUCAACCAAUCACAAGGCAGGAUCUAUCUCCAGUCUCCAAAUGGCUAUAUCGUCGGUGUUUUCUCGGUGGGACGGCCUUCAAAUGGCCAUUGAUAACAAAUGGGGCGGUGGCGAUUCUCACCAGAAAUCGCUGAAUCUCGCCUCAGAUGUUUUCACUUGGUUCUCUCAAUCCAAACGUUCUCCCCUGUACGUGGACGAUCUGGAAAAUUUGCUCCAUGAACACCUGCUUCUCUCCUUCAACACCGAGAUCGAAGAUGGUAGCAUCGAACAGGUAGCAGAGAAAUUGAUGAUGGUAUACGAAUAAAAUUUGCAGGGAAGUCGCUAG